AUGGAGCAACUGACUAGGAGCUGGGAAGACAUGUCACUGUCAAACAAGGAGAGACAGGAUUUCACACUACCUGAGGAUCAUCGAAAGGGAGAAUUUGUGAUUGCGGCUAAAUUCUUAACGUCGCAUUUUCUUCAGAUGGAAGCGGUAGCAAGAACUUUCAAGCAGAUAUGGCGUUUCAACAAUGGAUUUAGAAUUCGCAAUCAAGGAAACAACACUGUCUUGUUUGUCUUUGAUAACCUUGCAGAUGUUGAUAAGAUCCUGAACAGCCAACCUUGGAGUUUUGACAAGCACUUGAUUAUAAUGCAAAGGUACACGAAUGAUAUUCCAGUCAAUGAGUUAGCUUUUAACAAAGUCCCUUUUUGGGUACAAGUCCAUGAUAUCCCCAAGGUUUUGAAACCCGGACCGUUUAUUGAACUGUAA